UUCAAUUCUUUAGAACCGACCAUCUUCUUCUUUUUUUUACGCCGGCCGCAUUCUAAUUGUGGAAGAAAAUAGCGGGAGAAAAUUUUCAGCAUAAGUGUUACUUUUAGUUCUGUUCAUAUUGGAUUAGUAGUUGUCAAAUGAGGCGUUCGGCACUGGCAACGCUUUAUGAAUCUCAAACGUCGAUCUGAGACUUGAGUGUCGCUUCUCUGGGGUGAGCUUUUUAAACCCAGGGAUGGUUUUUAUCGAACAAUAAGAGUUUUAAUAGAGUUUAAUCAACAAAAAUGUCCGUCUCGUUUGUUCAGAGGGGCCCCAGGCAGCCGCCCACCCCGGCUCAAAUACAAAAAAUGCUCGACGAAAACAGUCAGCUCAUCCAAACGAUUCAGGACUACCAGAACAAGGGGAAGGCGCAGGAAUGCAUGCAGUAUCAACAGAUUUUACACAGAAACUUGGUUUAUUUGGCUUCGAUAGCAGACGCGAACCAAAACAUCCAAGCACUCCUUCCCCCACCACAAGGCGUAGUCCCGCAGGGUCCUCCGGGAGGACAUCACCAAGGUUUACAUCCUGGUGGGCCAGGUAUGCCACCCCAGAGUGGCAACGAGAUGCCACCAAAUCAACAGGGAGCUCCACCAAAUCCAGCUUUUCAACAGCAGCCCAAUUAUCGACCACCGAUUCCACCAAACCAACAGGGCAUGCCUCCUCAGCAACGCCCUAGUAUGCCUACUGGACCUCAGCAGUAUAGAGGAACACCCCAGGGUUACCCCCAACAAAACCCUCAACAAAGUUAUCCUAAUGCUCAAUAUCCAAAUCAACAACAGGUUUCUUCACCACAGAACUACACUGGGCCUCCAAAUCAAGGGGGUCCGCCUAUGGGGGCUCAAGGACAGCAAGGUGGGUACAAUACAGGAGCUGGAUAUCCCCAGGGGCCGCCACCUCAAGGGUAUGGUCCUCCACCACCCCAACAACAGGGUGGGUAUGGCCCUCCACCAGGUCCUGGCCCAGCGACUAACAGUCAACCACCACCUCCACAACCACAGUCCGGUGGAUACCAACCUCCUUCCCAACAAGGGUAUUCGGUCAAUUCCCAACAAGGGAAUUAUCCAUCAGGGUAUGCAGGACAGCCGUAUCCAACCAGUCAACCAAACACACAGGGGCAGAAUUCGUAUCCCGGCAAUUAUCCGGGUAACUAUGCAAACCCAGGUACAACGACUGGCGCCCCCUCGAAUACAGGAGGAGGUGGUGGCUAUUCACAAGCUUCCGGGAGUUCACCGAGUCCCCAACCAUCCUCAGGAUACCCCCAGACGACCCAUACAGCGCCAUCAGCUUCGACUCAGACACAGUACCCACCUCCUAGCCCAAACCAGCCACAGGGUGGUUACCCCCCUCAAGGCUAUCCUGGUUCCGGUGGCUAUCCCCAAUAUCCACAAGGUGGUGGUCCUCCUUAUCAGCAGUAUCCAAGACCUCCUGCAGGGCCUCCUCCUCAACAAUAUCCACCUUAUAACUAUCAACCACCUCCCCAAUGAAAAAUUAACUCAGAACUCAUUCACAAAUUUAGUCGGUAAAAUUGAGGACUGGAAAGCAUGAUACGGCUUAUCGACCUUUUGAAGCUAGCGUAUUUGAUUAAUUCUAAUUUUAUUAUUUAAUUGUAUAUAUGUAGUUGCCAGUUUAAGUGUAUAUACUUUUUAACUCAAUUUCUAUUUGUGUAUUUAAUUUAUUUAUGGCCAAUCAGUAAGUAAUUAACACAGAGAUGUGAAGCAUUUGUGACACUAUUUUUAAUGUAGGGAAUUUAUUUUGUUGUGUACAUGUACUUGUAAUAAACUUAUUUCUAAAUUAA